AUCGUGACGCAGUGACUCUCCGCGCGCCCUUGGAGAUCCCGCGGGGUCCCACAUCGCCUUCCAGCGCGCGAGACGAGUAUAAGGUGGCGAGCCUCGUCGGCUGCACGUCGCCACCGCUUCACAUGCGACCGCGCUGGGCUCGAGGAGCGCCGCUGUGACAAACAUGGAUCCGUGAUAACUUUGGCUGGAUUGCCGUUUUCUCGUCAACUUGUGUCGCCCUUGACCUGCGCGCGAGUGACGGUUGCCAGGCCACGUUAUCCAUCACAGGAGCCGGACGGCCGCGUGUGAAUCCCGAACUUCAGCGGCGCGUCGUGUUGAUGUGUGCAUGAAUCAGCCCCAGUCUGUUUUUCCAUCAGCGCGCUCGGAGGCUCCGCGUCAACGCCGCUCUGUUGAAGGUGGAGCUGCUUCCCGUCUGCUUCCCAGAUGCCUGAUGCGGCUGGAGGAGGAUAAUCUCACACCCCCAGCAGACAGCAUGGACGCCACGAGGCGCUCGGCCCAAAGGUGACCUCCAGAUACUUCACCGGCCCGAAGCAUUUGGGCCUCGGAGACGCUGCAAUCGGGGUUGACGUGUGACCAGAGAGACACGCAGGGAAAAAGCUGGGUUAAAGACGAAAACCUGAUGCUGGAGCUUUCGAGUGCUGGCCUUUUCUGCCCUCGAACUGCUGAGACAGACGACACCUGAGGAGGAGAAUCAACAAGAGAAUAUGCCAGGACAUGACAAUGAGCUCCAACAGCACAGACCCUGGACUCUUCCUGACUGCCAACGCAUUGACCACGGUGGCUGGAAUCUACCCACAAUCCAACGCGCUUCACCAAGGAACUGGAGGUUUUCACCGGAGCGCCCAGGACACCAAUUCCUCUCCCACCGGCCCACUCCUGAACUUCACUCCGGCGAGGAAUGAGUCGACGGCCCUGGACCCGCUCGGCGGCCACCACGUGUGGCACGUCGUCCUCAUCGUCUUUGUGACAGGCACGCUGUCAUUAGUCACUAUCAUUGGCAACAUCCUGGUGGUGGUGUCGUUUAAGGUUAACCGCCAGCUGAAGACGGUGAAUAACUACUUCCUGUUGAGCUUGGCUGUGGCUGACCUCAUCAUAGGGGUCAUUUCCAUGAACCUGUACACCACCUAUCUGGUGAUGGGCUACUGGGCCAUGGGGAACUGGGCCUGCGACAUGUGGCUGGCUAUAGACUACGUGGCCAGCAACGCCUCGGUCAUGAACCUGCUGGUCAUCAGCUUCGACCGCUACUUCUCCAUCACCCGGCCUUUGACCUACCGAGCCAAACGGACCACGAAGCGAGCUGGGAUCAUGAUCAGCCUGGCCUGGUUCGUGUCUCUCGUGCUGUGGGCGCCGGCCAUCCUGCUGUGGCAGUACUUUGAGGGUAAAAGGACCGUGCCCUCCAACCAGUGCUACAUCCAGUUCCUCUCGGAGCCCACGAUCACUUUCUGCACAGCCAUGGCAGCGUUCUACCUGCCUGUCACCAUCAUGAGCGUGCUCUACUGGCGCAUUUACAAAGAGACGCAGAACCGCUCCAAAGAGCUGGCCGGGCUGCAGGGUUCCGAGUGCCGCGGCGCGAUGGGAGGGCGGGGGGGCAGCGGCGCGAGCGAGAGGUCCCGCUUCGUGCACCAGACGGGCAGCGCCAGGAGCUGCGGCAGCUACGAGCUGAGCAGGCUGUCCCGGAGGAAGAGCGCGUGCCAGGAGCUGGUGGGACGCUUGCACUGCUGGCCGGGCGUGCGCUCCUGGAGACCCGGCAGCGUGCGGCACGGCGAGAAGGACCCGGACCAGAGCAGCAGCGACAGCUGGAACAACAACGACGCUGCGGUUUCCCUGGACCAGUCCGGGUCCUCGGAGGACGAGGACUGCGGCGGCAGAGAGAUGCUGUCCCAGAGUCACGCGAUCUUCUCCAUCGUCCUCAGCCUGCCGGGCAUUAAGGCUGCCGUCAACUCCCAGCUCACAUCCUGCGAGGACUUGGAUGCCGCCUCCGAGGAGGACCCCCUCCGGGCGGCGGAGUUCAACCGCGACGGCGUCUCCGCGGUCGCCAGCGACGCGGCCGCCGCCGCCGCCGCCGCCGACGGCUCCGACAGGAGCUUCCACCAACACUUCUGCUCGCGCAAGAUCCAGUCCAUGCCCGCCAUCCAGACCAGCUGCAACCCGGGCCCGGACGGGGCCGGCGCCGCCGCCGCCGCGUCCACCAAGUCCCCCUCCGCCCCGCUCUCCUUCAAGGAGGCGGCGCUGGCGAAGCGCUUCGCCGCCCGCGCCCGGACUCAGAUCACCAAGAGGAAGCGCAUGUCGCUGGUGAAGGAGAAGAAGGCGGCGCAGACGCUCAGCGCCAUCCUGUUCGCGUUCAUCAUCACGUGGACGCCGUACAACAUCAUGGUGCUGAUCAACGCCUUCUGCAAGGGCUGCAUCCCGGAGACGCUGUGGGCCGUGGGCUACUGGCUGUGCUACGUCAACAGCACCGUCAACCCCAUGUGCUACGCCCUGUGCAACAAGACCUUCCGCACCACCUUCAAGAUGAUCCUGCUGUGCCGCUGGGACCAGAGGACGCGGCGGAAGCAGCAGUUCGAGCAGAAGCAGUCCGUGGUCUUCCACAGGAGGGUUCCCAGAGAGUCCACGUAAAGGACCGCACGCUCGGGUGCGCUCGGAAAAUCCAUCAGGGGAGAGGGCGGAAGGAGCACGGCGGGUGUUUCCGUGGCGUUUCGUUGCCUGGAGGCCGGUGUCGAACAGCCAUCGUACCGUGUGUGGUGGUCUUCAGGUGUGCGUUUGUGUCAGUGCAUUCAUUCAGGAAAGGCGCGCCUUUCCCCCCCGUCCCCGAAGAACCCGUCACCGCGUCGCGCGGCCGCGGCUGCGUGAAGAGCGAGCGAAACAAACAGUAGAUAAGGGCUUUAAAAACGCAGCGCGCGAGAAUUACUGAAGUGCAAUUGACUCGGGGGGAACGGAGGUGUGGGAUUUACAUUUCUGUAUAUUGCUCAUCUGUAAUGUACAGAGUGGUUCUGCAUUCGCAAACCAAAGGACGUACCUGUAAAAUGUAACUGAAAGCCGAGACGAGACGUGUUUUGUGAUCACUGGCUUCUGCGUCGUCCCGGUUGCAGCCGCCACCCUCCUCGCUGGCAUGCGUUUUUAUUGGACCUUCUGUACAUUGCCUUUAUAUGGUUCUAGCUUUCCUGCGUCUGACGGAGCGCCCUCAGUCGACAGAGAUCUGUUAUUUUGUGAUAUUCAUCCUCGGUUUUCUAGAUAUUCCUGAGAUUUUGAGCCAGUCUGAAAAACGAGUCCCAUGAUUCCUCCUGAUGAACUGAGUUGUGAAUAUUACGUGUGGCGCCACGGUCAGUGAGCUGCUGUCGUGUUCAAUGUGAUUGUUGUGGUUUUUAAUGGUGGAGACAAUAAGUACAUUGCUUGUGAUUUUAUGUACUUGCGUUUUUUUUUGUUCACGGUAAUGAAAAUAUUGUUUGUGUACAUUUGGAUAGUUCUGAAUAUGACACACUGACUCAUUGCACAUGCUCAUUUAUAAAACUGCUUGUUUUGAAUAACAUUUCUACAAACGGAAGUUAAAGCAGCUUUUUGCAGGAGGCCCGUCAUCUGUGACACAGCAGAGCAACAGCGGCCUCUAGUGGCCGGAGAAAGACCUGUGGUCCAGGGUUUGAUCUGACUAAACCAUUCUGCCAUUACACUGUAUGAAGACAGAGUGACAGGCUCUAUCAGACAUGUGUGGCAAUCAUGAUUACCUUAAUCUGAAAUUCUCCUUGGAAUUUACAGGCCACAACCCCUGACAUUAUAAUGUCAUAUAAUGUCUUAUGAUUCCAGUGAAGUUGUUUCUAUUUCAAGUCUUGGCGUAGCGUUGUGAAUUGAUCUGACACCUGCCUGAGUCCACCUUGCAUCAGGUUUUUCUAUAGCACGUGGAUGAAAACACCACUGGAGACACCGGCGGCACAUUUUGAGUCUGUAAUGCACAUUAUGUUAUUCUUAUUUUAAGUUGUUGUUUUUUUUACAUUGUUGUGACACCCAUGAUUAAUAUGAAUAUUGUGUAAAACACAUUGAAGGAAAAGGACACAAUGUACUGUACUGUGACAAAAUGCAAAUUCAAACAUGAGUAGACUAUAAUGUUGGAUGCAAUGGUCAUAAAUAACAGAAUGAAGUUUGUGCUGUAUGUAAAGUUGUUUUCUUUUUCUUUUUCUGUUUCAACACAAUGUGCUUCAACAAAAUAUUACAGUUUUGUACUUAGUGGAAAUGUAAACCACCAAAAUGGUGAGCACCAACAUUUUGUUACAUUUCAGGUAUGCUGACCAUAUUCAUAUUUUACUUUAAUAAACAAACAACAACGAUCUGUCAGA